AUGGAUGGUAAUAAUAAGCAUCAAGGUGGUGAAGUAAGUAUGAUGGAGAAGAAAAGAGAAGUGGUGGUGACAAUUUCAAACAUGGGUGGAGAGAGCCAUGCCCAAGAUCAUGAUCAUGGGUUGAAAGUGUCUGAAUCUAUGCCUCACUGUGAAAAUGAUCUUCCUUCAAAAUCACCACCACCUUUAAACUAUGUUUCCCCUGAGAUAAGGUUCACUCCAGGCCCAAAUAAACCCCCAAAAGCUCCCACUACAAACCUUACCACAAGAAAGUCUUUUGUAAGAUCAGUGUAUUCCAAGCCCAAAUCAAGAUUUGGUGAACAACCUUACCCUAUUGAUGGAAACCUUUUUGAAGAGAAUUUUGUUUCAUCAAAUUUGCAAGAAGAAUUAGCUGCUAGUUCUCCUUAUAGGAACUCAUUCAAUAAAGGUUCAUAUUCGCCUAAUAGCGAGGCCGGAAUGGUUAAUCGAACUGCUUCGUUUACUUCUGUUGUCACGCCUAGAACACCUAUGAUGACAUCUCCAUACUCUUCUGAUGAUGAGGAUCCUGAUGAAAUUAUUUACAAGAAAGUUGAAUUUAGUAAAGGCAAUCGUAAGAUACUAACGACUAAGGUUUCAAUCGGGUUGGUCGUGUUUGUGAGCAUUGCAGGUUGCUUAUUGGUUAGCUUAGCAGUUGAGGAAGUUAGAAGGACAAAGAUUUGGAGUUUAGGGCUUUGGAGGUGGUGUAUGCUUGCGAUGGUGACCUUUUGUGGCAUGCUAGUUACUAAAUGGUUCAUGCACUUUGUUGUUUUCUUGAUUGAAAUGAACUUCUUGUUGAGGAAAAAGGUGCUUUAUUUUGUCCAUGGAAUGAAGACUUGUGUCCAGGUUUUCAUUUGGAUUAGUUUGGUUCUUCUCACAUGGACGCUUGUAAUCCAUCGCGGGGUUCAGCGAUCUAAAUUGGCCGCAAAGAUUAUGAAUGAUGUAACAUGGACUCUUGUUUCCCUUCUCAUUGGAGCAUUUCUGUGGGUUAUAAAGACAUUGUUGCUAAAGAUUUUGGCAUCAAAUUUCCAUGUGAAAUCUUUCUUUGAUCGAAUUCAAGAAUCGAUCUUCCAUCAAUAUGUUCUGCAAACUCUCUCCGGGCCUCCACUUAUGGAAGAGGGUGAGAAAAUCGGCGGAUGUCAAAGUUUUGGUCGUUUUAGUUUCACGAGUACAACCGGUAAAGAUGGCACAAAGAAAGAGGUUAUCGAUAUGGCAAAACUUCACAAGAUGAAGCAGGAUAAAGUUUCCGCAUGGACUAUGAAGAUUUUGGUAGAUGCAGUGAUGAAUUCAAGGCUGUCCACAAUCUCUAAUUCACUGGAUGAAAGUUUUUAUGAUGUAAAAAAUGAACAAACUGGUAAAGAAAUUACUAAUGAGAUGGAAGCAACUGCUGCUGCCUAUUAUGUUUUCAAGAAUGUUGCUGCUUCCCCUUGUUGCAAGGACAUUGACGAGGAUGAACUCCGUCGCUUCAUGAUUAAGGAAGAAGUUCUUUUGGUAUUUCCCCUACUGGCUGAUGCAGAGACGGGGCUAAUUACAAGAAAGUCUUUAGCAGAUUGGGUGUUGAAGGUAUAUCAAGAACGCAGAGCACUCGCGCACGCCUUAAGCGACACUAAAACAGCGGUUAAACAAUUAAACAAGCUUGUGACAGUGUUCCUAGUAGUGGUGACCGUAGUAGUGUGGCUUCUUCUAAUGGAGAUUGCAACAACAAAAGUCCUUGUAUUCCUCUCAUCGCAGCUAGUACUUGCAGCUUUCAUGUUUGGAAACACAUGCAAGAAUAUAUUCGAAUCCAUCAUCUUCGUGUUUGUAAUGCAUCCAUUUGACGUUGGCGAUAGAUGUGUUAUAGAUGGUGUCGAGCUAAUGGUUGAAGAAAUGAAUAUAUUGACAACAGUAUUCUUGAAGCUUAAUAAUGAAAAAGUGUAUUAUCCAAAUUCGGUGCUGGCCAUGAAACCGAUUAGCAAUUAUUACAGAAGCCCGAAUAUGUCUGAAGGUGUUGAGUUUUCGGUUGAUUUUACGACACCAGCAGAGAAAAUUGGAGCACUGAAAGAAAAAGUAAAGAGGUAUUUGGAGAGGAAUCCACAAUACUGGCAUCCAUAUUUUAGCUUGGUUGUGAAGGAGAUUGAAAAUGUAAAUAAGAUUAAGAUGGGUCUUUAUGUUAAUCACACAAUGAAUUUUCAAGACUUUGGGGAGAAAUGCAAAAGGACUAGUGAACUAGUGAUGGAAGUAAAGAAGAUAUUUGAAGAGCUCAAUAUCAGAUACAACCUUCUUCAUCAAGGUGUUCAUAUCAGACAGAUAGAACAUGAUACCAGUUAA